AUGUUUCGCUUUCGACCACAACCUGCAGCUUCGCCUCUUUGCACUCUAGUACCGCGUUAUAUCCUCUUACACGCAAGAAGAUAUUCCGUAAAAGCACCCCCAAACCCCGAUGAUGUCAACUAUCCGCUCCUAAACCGACUAUACAACGAGUACCUCGAAUAUGCAGUCGGUCCGGAGCGAAAUGUGUAUAAACUCAAGGCGUUUAGCCAGGCCAUGAAGGCGAUAGCAAGCAAGUCCUCCCGAAUUCAGAGCCUAGAGGACGUCGCAGAGCUUCCAGGUAUUGGAACCGGCAUUCGGCGACGAAUUGAAGAGUAUCUCCUCUCAGAGGCGGAGGGUGGAUCCAAUGAUAUUACCUCUAAAAAGUCGGCUAACCAGAAAGAGAUGCUUGAGGCAUGCAAAGUUUUCCAACGAAUAUCUGGAAUCGGGCCCAAGAAGGCACGCGUACUAGCGGAACAAGGGUUUCGAAGUCUUGACGACCUGCUCAACGACAAGAAGACCUUUGAGCGCUUACCGAAAGCGAUCCAAACGGGCCUUCGCUAUAACUCAAAAAUAGACCAACGUAUUCAACGUGAUCAGAUCGAUACUCUGUCGACCCGCAUCAUCAAGGCCCUCCCCGAAUUCGAGGUAUAUGUCACAGGAAGCUACCGUCGGGGAGCCCCGAGCUCGUCUGACAUUGACAUACUCCUCUUCCAUCCAAGCAUGGUCGAGGCACGUCUACGGAGUGUAAAGGCUCCAACAAAAGCGCAAUCAGAGAAGGCGAUGAAAGAAUCUGCUCUACUCAAAAGUGCAGUUCCUGCGCUGGUCAAAGCCAAGAUUCUCGGAGAACCAUUGACCGUAGGACCCGCCAAGUGGCAAGGACUGGCAAACCUACAGGGUACAGAAGGAAGACUGGGACGCAUAGAUCUCAAUCUCAUGCCUCUGCAAAGCCGAGGAGCGGCGCUCGUGGGCCAUACUGGUGAUGCAGAUUUUAAUCAGUACCUUCGAAACAAAGCGCUCAAAAUGCUCAUGCGCCUCAAUGACUAUGGGCUAUGGAAGCGGCCUGAGCUUUGGCGGAUGAACGAAAAGACGGAUACAAAGGAUGACGACGAGUGGGAGCUUGUUCCAACCGAGACCGAGAAGGAUGUUUUCGAUGCUCUAGGUGAAGGCUGGGUCGAACCGGAGAAGAGAAAUUUCGCAAAUAUUGCCCCGAAACGAAGGAAGUAA